AUGAACUCGGGACGCGAGCCCCGGACGCCCCGGACACCUUUUAGCAUCGCAGACAUCCUAGGCCCGCGCAUGGUCCCCCGAGCACCCUCUGCGCUGCAGCUUCCUGAGUCGGGCCCCGGUCCCUCGUCGCCGCUGGGCGCGCUGGAGGAGCUGACCAGUAAAACUUUCCGCGGACUUGACGGGCGUGCUCCGCAGCCUGCUGAAGGCCGGGCAGUCUCGGAAGUGAGGGGCCGCAGCGCUGGCCUGGCCGGCCGCAGACGGCGCAAGUCACGCACGGCGUUCACCGCGCAGCAGGUGCUGGAGCUGGAGCGGCGCUUCGUCUUCCAGAAGUACUUGGCGCCUUCCGAGCGCGACGGGCUGGCUGCGCGACUGGGGCUGGCCAACGCGCAGGUGGUCACUUGGUUCCAGAACCGGCGAGCCAAGCUCAAGCGCGACGUGGAGGAGAUGCGCGCCGAUGUGGCCUCGCUACGCGCGCUGUCUCCCGGGGUCCUGCGCCGCCUAGCACUGCCCGACGGCGCUUCACGGCCCGAACCCCGCCCCGCCCGGCCUGAUUCCGGGCCCCACCUGUCGGAUGAGGAGAUACAGGUGGACGAUUAA